AAGGAAACGUUUAUCGAAUCGUGAAUCACGAAGGAUAUGUACUUAUGAGCCUGUAUCAAGAAAAUGAAAAAGCUACAAGAGGUAACCAAAGCUUCCCACCGAUCUUCCGUUUGGAAAUUUCAAAGUUUCUCAGAGUAUCAAGAUCGCGUAACGAGUAAAUCCCCCAUUAGUAAUUAGUAUUCGUUUGGUGGGGGAAAUUGAACGCUCGAAUCGUCAACAAUCCACUAUAACCUUUCUUGACCAGUUGCUUACUGGUUCACUGCUCAUCUCUGAUAUGGCUAAACAGAACAAAUUCUCCCUUAUCUACUACGUAAACGUCGUUACGCUUACACAGGAAAGCACGUAGUAUAAGUAGAAGAAAUUUGUAAUCACUCCAUCAGUUGCGACUUGCGAGCUGCGAUUGGAACCAUCCGGCAGCGUUUUGUUUUACGAUGUCGUCUCGGUUUUCGGUUUCGCUGACUCUCUUUCUCGCGGUGUUCAUUUAUGGAGAAACAGCAAGCAUACCCGGGACAACAUCUGAUGAAAGAUGUGGAUACGAGGCCUGUCAGGGAGUUGAUCCGAAUAAAUUAAAUAUUCAUCUAGUGGCUCACACUCACGAUGAUGUCGGCUGGCUGAAAACGGUUGAUCAGUAUUAUUUUGGAAGUCGGCCAAAUAUUCAGAAGGCGGGAGUACAGUACAUUCUAGAUGGUGUCAUUCAGGCGUUAUUAGCUAAUCCUGAAAGAAGGUUCAUGUAUGUAGAAACUGCUUUCUUAUGGAAGUGGUGGUUACGUCAGAAUGAAAAGACUAAACAAGAUGUUAGAAAUCUGAUAAACGAAGGAAGACUAGAAAUUAUCGGCGGCGGAUGGAGCAUGAACGACGAAGCAGUCACUCAUUAUCAUUCUCUUGUGGACCAGUACACUUGGGGAUUCAGACGGCUUAACGAUACUUUCGGACGUUGCGCAACGCCACGUAUAGGGUGGCAAAUAGAUCCUUUCGGUCAUUCCCGAGAACAAGCGUCGAUAUUCGCACAAUUAGGAUUCGAUGGCAUGUUUCUGGGUCGUCUUGAUUAUCAGGACAAGGAGAAUAGACUGAGCAAGAAAAACAUGGAAUUUAUCUGGCAGGGAAGUCCAAAUUUAGGAUCUCGUGCAGAUUUGUUCACGGUCGCAUUAUACAAUACUUAUUCACCGCCACCUGGUUUCUGUUUCGAUGUUUUGUGCAACGACGAACCCAUAAUCGAUGACCCCGAUAGUCCAGAUUAUAACGUUAAAGAAAGGGUCGAACAAUUUUUGGCCUAUGCCAAUCGCCAAGCAGCCUCUUACAAGACUAAUAACAUUAUUCUUACGAUGGGUGAGGAUUUUAAUUACCAACAUGCCGAAAUGUGGUUCACUAAUUUGGACAAGUUGAUCAGGUACGUGAGGGAAGAAACGUCGAAUGUAAAUAUACUUUACUCGACACCAUCGUGCUACUUGAAAGCAGUGCACGAUGCCAAUCUUAACUGGUCAACGAAAACUGACGACUUCUUCCCCUACGGAAGUGAUCCUCACUCUUACUGGACUGGCUUCUUCUCUUCCAGACCGGCCAUCAAAUUCUUUGAGAGAAUGGGAAAUAAUGUUUUACAGGUUACUAAACAAUUGUCUGUAUUGACCGAUCUAAAACAUACCGAUGAAAAAUUGGAACAUUUCCGUGAAGCAAUGGGUGUAAUGCAACAUCACGAUGCAGUAACUGGGACGGAAAAACAACUUGUCGCCGACGAUUACGCGCGUAUAUUAUACAAUGGCAUCCAACAAGGAACAAAUAUUAUUUCCGAAGCUCUAAGAAAAUGGAUGACGAAUAAUAGUCAAGAGGCAGUGCAAUCGGAGAAUAUGUACUCUUGCAUGCAAUUGAACAUUAGUUCCUGUUCGUACACAGAAGAUACAAAUAUCAUGCUCACGGUCUACAAUCCUCUAAGUCGCGAAAUUCGAACACCUAUUCGUGUUCCUGUUCGAGGAGGCACACACAAAAUUGUGGAUUUAGUAGAUAACAGUGACGUUACCUCGCAACUGGUGCCAAUCCCCAAUUCUGUAUUAAAAAUACCAGGAAGAGAGAGCAACGCAACGCAUGAACUAGUGUUUCUCGCACUACUUCCGUCUUUAGGCUAUAAAACAUACAAGAUUGUGAAACAAUCAAAUGAUACAGAUAAUACAUACGUGCAGACGAAUACUACAAAUUUUAUCGAUAAUGAGUUUUACGAUGUAUCCGUUAACACAGAUAGCGAAGUUACAGUGGAGUGGAAGAAACUGAACAAUAUGAGCCUAGUUCAAUCGUUCCAUUAUUACGAAGGAAUGGAAGGAAACAAUAGAGUAUUUGAAAAUAGAUCUUCGGGUGCAUAUAUUUUCAGACCGAAAAGUGUAUCCAGUAAAAAUUUUCCGAAAUUCGGAUCUUACAAAAUUUACAAAGGUCCGGUGUUACAAGAAAUUCAUCAAGCCAUCAACGAAUGGGUUAGUCAGGUAAUUCGGUUGUAUAAUGGACAGGAAUAUAUCGAAUUCGAUUGGCUUGUUGGACCAAUACCUGUCAAGGACAGCAUUGGGAAGGAAGUUAUCAGCAAGUAUUCGAGCAACCUCGAAUCUAAUGGAGAAUUUUAUACCGACAGUAACGGUCGCGAAAUGUUAAAGCGAAAACGGAAUUUCCGUCCAACUUGGGCUGUACGAUUGGAAGAGACAAUAUCCGGUAAUUAUUACCCGGUUCCUAGUAAAAUCUCCGUGAAGGAUGAAGACAAAUCCCUGAAACUCAGCGUGUUAACCGAUAGAACAGAAGGCGGAUCUAGUAUGAGGGACGGAGAAAUUGAAUUAAUGCUUCAUAGAAGACUUUUAAAAGACGAUGGAUUUGGUGUAGGGGAGGCUCUCAAUGAAUCUGCGUACGGUGAAGGUGUAGUGGUCAGGGGUUCGCAUUACAUAUUUGGAGGCAGUAUACAAAAUUUGGAUGAAUUUAUAGUAAAAGAAAAAUCCUUGGCUCUUGAAACGUUACUACGUCCAUGGACAUUUUUCACACCGAUAACGACAAAUCCUACAAAUGAAAAUUAUACGUUCAAGCCGCAAGGAUCAGGUCUUGCUAAAUCACUACCACCAAAUAUUCAUAUUCUAACUUUAGAGCCAUGGAAAGAUGGUACGGUUUUACUGAGGUUAGAGCACAUUGUUGAACUGGGAGAAGCCGAGAGUUUAUCCAAACCCGUGGAAAUAAAUAUUCAGGACUUGUUUAAAACUUUCACAAUUUUAUCCGUGGAAGAGACUACAUUGGGUGGCAAUGAAUGGUUAAAGGAUACGAACCGUCUGAAAUGGGAAAUCGAAACAAAUGAUGUCCUCAGAGAAAAAGAAAACAUACUUCAGCCCAUACAAACCGGAGAUGGCGUUAUAAAUGUUCUUUUAAAACCAAUGGAAAUACGAACAUUUGUUAUUAAAACAGCACCGCGAAACUUGUAAUUAGAAUAAGUGAUUCAUUUACAUUCGACAUUACUUAUAUUCGAUUAUCCAUGUUUGUUGAAUUUUCUUUUGUCCGAAUAAAUGUACGUAAUUACUAUUGUAAAAAAAAAAGAAUAAAUUAUAUACCUACA